GGGCGGGAGGUGCGACCUAGGGUGGUCAUCUCAGUGCGCCUUCCUAACGUCGCGCGGAGUUUACGGCGCUGUUUAAUGACGUCACGGUCAUUGACAGCGUGUGGCGGUGGCAACUGCUGCUAUGGUGUUGAGCGGCCGGGUACAUCAUGUCUAGAUUGGGGGCCUUGGGCGGCGCCCGCUCCGGGCUGGGACUGCUGUUGGGCACCGCCGCGGGCCUUGGAUUCCUGUGUGCCCUUUACAGCCAGCGAUGGAAACGGACCCAGCGCCAUGUCCAGAACCAGCUCCUGCCCAACUCACUGGACCUCACGCAGACUUCAGAGCCCGGACGCCAGGUGAGGCCAUUGCGGGCAGUUCCAGGUGAGGCUGGAGAUGCUGCGCUGCUGCCCAGCCUUCCACGAGAAGGGCAGGAGAUGGUGCUGGACCGCCUGGACUUUGUGCUGACCAGCCUGGUGGCUCUGCGGCGGGAAGUGGAGGAGCUGAGGGGCAGCCUGCAGGGGCUUGCUGGGCAGAUUGUUGGGGAAUUCCGAUCCCACAUGGAAGAGAACCAGAGAGUGGCCCGGCGGCGAAGGUUCCCCUUCACCCGAGAGAGGAGUGACUCCACCGGCUCCAGCUCCAUCUACUUCACAGCGACUUCGGGAGGCACAUUCACAGAUGCUGAGAGCGAAGGGGGUUACACAACAGCUAAUGCCGAGUCUGACUAUGAGCGGGACUCUGACAGGGAGAGUGAAGACGGGGAAGAUGAAGUGAGCUGUGAGACUGUGAAGAUGGGGAGAAAGGAUUCUGUGGACCUGGAGGCAGAGGUGGCUUCAGGCCCGGUUCCCAGAGCCCUGGAGGCUGAAGACUCCCCUGACUUGGAGGACCUGCUGCCCCUCCUACAGCAAGCUGAUGAGCUGCACCAGGGCAAUGAGCAGAGCAAGUGGGAGGGCUUCCAGCUGCUGCUCAACAACAAGCUAGCGUAUGGAAGUCGGCAGGACUUCCUCUGGCGCCUAGCCCGGGCCUACAGCGACAUGUGUGAACUCACUGAAGAGGUGAGCGAGAAGAAGUCAUAUGCUCUUAAUGGAAAAGAAGAAGCCGAGGCCGCUCUGGAGAAGGGGAAUGAGAAUGCUGACUGUCACCAAUGGUAUGCAGUGCUUUGUGGUCAGCUGGCUGAGCAUGAGGGCAUCCAGCGGCGCAUCCAGAGUGGCUUUAGCUUCAAGGAACAUGUGGACAAAGCCCUUGCUCUCCAGCCAGAAAACCCCAUGGGUCACUUUCUCCUUGGCAGGUGGUAUUACCAGGUUGCUCACUUGAGUUGGCUGGAAAAAAAAACUGCUGCAGCCUUGUUUGAAAGCCCUCUCAGUGCUACUGUGCAGGAUGCCCUCCAGAGCUUCUUGAAGGCUGAAGAAAUCCAGCCAGGAUUUUCCAAAGCCGGAAGGGUAUAUAUUUCCAAGUGCUACAGAGAACUAGGACAAAACUCUGAAGCCAGACAGUGGGUAAAGCUGGCCAAGGAACUACCGGAUGUCACUAAUGAGGAUUCAGCUUUCCAGAAGGACCUGGAAGAACUGGAAGUAAUUUUAGGAAACUAACCACAUUACAAUGGCCUUCAUGACUUGAGAAAUACCACUGCUUAAGGGGGAUGAAAAUCAAGUCUUUUUUCCCCCCUUAGACCCUGCUUAGAUCAGGAAACUGAGCAGACUGGUUAAGGGAGUAUCCUGACUCCUGGGCCUAACUAGUAUGGCUACCAUCUUCUUACCUAUUGUCCACUGGUUACUUUAUUCUAAUUGUUCAACUAAUCUGCAAUUGGGGAAAAACUUAAUUAAGCCUGAGUUUCUGUUGUAAUCUCCCUUAAGUGAAUUCUUGAAAAAUUAAGACCUAUUCUAGGAUUGAAUGUGGGUAGAGAACUGAAGGCCUCCUUCCAACUGCGGGUAAUGUGAACGGACCUCAAAGAGCUGUAAGAACAAAACACAGAACUUGUACUCGCCAAUCCCAUCUUUUUCACUGAUUAAUAUUCAACACCAAAGUACACAGUCCUAAGACCAUAUCCUACCUAUCAAGGUAAAAGGAAGGGUCAGGGCAGUCCAUGGACACUGCGCUCGUUUUAUCUAUCAUGUUGAUUCUAACUGUGUUCCUGGGCCGAGGGGCUGGACGUCUUGGCUGCUUUUGGAAUGACGGUUGUGCAUAAGGCUUAUGAGACAGUAAAAUGAUGAUCUGAGGAGUUGCCUGGAAUAUAUUUUGGUACAGACUUAAAAUAAACCAAAUUUGAUUAGAAGCGA